CUUUCAAGUCACUGGGAUGUGCUUGUAUAUAUUAAGGGUGGCCAGUCAGCAAUCCACAGUGUGCUAAAGCAUCUCAGCUGGUCAGGGCCUGGAACUACUUCUGAGCUUCUGCCCUAGGAUACUGACUGUCAACAGGAUGAAGACAACGAUUUGCUCUCUUCUCAUCAUCAUCUCCUUUCUUCACUUGAUGGUCCCAGUGAAUACCGAGGAGACCAUAGACUCUUUUGCCAAGAAGCUCAAGGAUCUCCUCAGCUAUCAAAAUGACUGUCCCUCUCCUGUGACUAAAACUCUCUCCUGCACUAGUGUCAAGGCUAUGGGCACCCUAGCCUCCUGUCCUACUGGGAUGACCGCUACUGGUUGUUCUUGUGGUUUUGCUUGUGGAUCUUGGAAUGUCCAGAAUGAAAACGUUUGCCACUGCCUGUGCCCAGUCAUAGACUGGACUGUUGCCCGUUGCUGCAAACUGGCCUGAAAAUGAGGACCUGAAAAUCCAGUUUUGAAAUGAUGACUAUAAAGAAAUUGUCAUCCCGUCCGGAAAAUCUGAUUCAUUGUCCCUGUGGUGAACUCAUAUUACACAGUAACUCUGUUUUUUAAGCAAUAAAGACAGAUUUGCACUCA